AGGUUUCGUUUUCCCCAUAAUGUAAAAUAUUUCUUAGGAACAAUAUUUGAUGAUUUUGAGAAUCAAUAGCUUGUGGGCGAAUAGGUGUCAAUGGCAUCCAAUGAAAGUGAAGCUAGAAAACUAAACGUUUUAACGAUUAUAAAGCCUAAUUGAAGCUUAUUGUAAAAAGUUUAUUCCUCCAAGUAUUGCUCAAUCUUAGCAUCCGACUUUUUCUGUUUUGAAAUUUAGGCAUAUGUUUUUUUUUUUUUUAACCUUCUGUUGACAGAUAUAUUACAAAACCUUUAUCUCCGUAAUAUCUAUUGAGGAAAUUAGUUUCAGCAUCCUUUAAUACACAGUUCUAAUGCACGAGUUUCUUUGGAAUGUUUAUUCGGAGCACAGUUCCAAGCUUUGGAUAGUAACUAAGAAAUAGUGACGUGUAAAUUUUAAAGAAUGUGGUUAUUUAGAAUUCAAUCAAAACUGGUUUCUAUGAUUGAAAUUUACUGAACUAGUAUAGAAAUUAAUCGAAAAAUAAAACGAUAUAAUUUAGUUGCAUUUUGAGAAUAGAAAUUGUCCUUCAGCGGUUGAAUGGUCGGGUUAAAAUUCAGAAAUCCUUUAAAUUACUGGACAUCUUGUUAAGAUCUUCGGUUCCGGAAAUGAAUACCCGUUCCUUUAAUGUGAAAAACAAAAGUUGGUGAUUUUUAGUGUUUCUAAAAAAUCAAGAUGGUGGUCGAAAAAAUCCACUCAACAUUCGAAACGGUCCGUACAGGACAAGUCUUUUCAAAACCUCGUAUUUACAAGAACCUAAUAAUAGUGUGCAUCGGAUAUCUUUUUAUGUUCAGUGCCUACCAAGGACUUGCCAAUCUCCAAAGCACCCUCAACAUCGAAGGUAACAUAGGAGUCAUUUCCCAAAGUGUCAUCUAUGUAUCCAUGAUAAUAUCUUCUCUGUUUCUGCCAAAACUCAUUAUCAGAAAGUAUGGCUGCAAAGCCACAUUGGUAAUGAGUGCUUUAUUAUACGCUCCCUACAUUGCUGUUAAUUUCUAUCCUGGUAUGGGGACAUUUUUGCCAGCGGCAUUUAUUUUAGGUCUUGCCGCGCCAGCUCUUUGGUCAGCGAAAUGCACGUACCUAAAUGAAAUCAGUGCUUUAUAUGCCAGUCAAGAUUCUGACUCGGCCGACGUGGUAACGAAUCGCUUUUUCGGAAUUUUCUUCAUGGUAUUCCAAACAACGCAGAUAUGGGGAAACUUAGUGUCUUUUUAUGUCUUGAGACCCUCGGAAGGCGAUGAAGAUGGACUAGCCGGAACCAUUCCAACUUUAAACGAAACUGUCACAUGCGGAGCUGAUUUUUGCUUCGGUGUCAGCGAGAAUAUGAAAGCUCCCAGUGAUGAGAAAAAGCAUAUCCUGAUAGGCAUCUACUUGUUCUGCAUUGUUUUGGCAGCUCUCAUAAUGGGACUGUUUUUAGACUCUUAUGAUAAGAAGAAAGCAGAUGACACGGAGAGUUUGGAAUCGAGGAUUUUAGCUACUUUGAAGCACAUGAAGAAAACAAAACAGUUACUCCUGGUUCCCCUGACUGUUUUCAGUGGUCUCGAACAAGGUUUUAUUCUUGGAGAUUUUACAAAGGCUUACGUUGCAUGUGCUUGGGGAAUUUACUACGUAGGACUUGUGUUUAUAUUCUUUGGUGCAGUGAACUCUGUGGUGUCAUUUACCUCUGGUCGCCUUGCCAAAUAUAUUCCUCGAGUGACAAUUUUCAUCUCUGGAGCGAUUGGAAAUUUAGCAGUCUGCUUAACACUUUUGCUAUGGAAACCCAAUAGUGAACAAUACGUAGUGUUUUUCGUCUUAGCUGGUGUCUGGGGUUUGAGUGAUGGAAUUUGGCAGACCAUGAUUAAUUCUCUCUAUGGCAUACUUUUUAGAUCUGAUGAAGAAGCAGCGUUUUCCAACUACAGAUUAUGGGAAUCAUUAGGAUUCGCUAUAGCAUUUUUAUGUAGCAGUUUACUCUGUGUGACACCUAAAAUAUAUAUUGUUGUUAUUAUUCUUGUGAUUGGAAUGAUGGGAUACAUAACAGUUGAAAUUUUGGUAUAUUUUGAACGAAAAAACUCCUCUUAAUUAUAUUAAUAUUAUGAUGAAAAAUGAAUGGCCAACGAUUUGGAGAAUAAUUUAAAAAAAAAAAAAAGAUAAGAAGGAGAUGGAAGUUAACAGUUUUCAGCAUUCUGCUUAAGGAAUUAGUUUUAUUCUCACCCAAAAUUGGUAACAAAGCCACUAAGUUCGUCUUCAGAUGGCGCUAAAAGCUGAAAAAAUAAUGAAAUAAUUUCUGCUGCAUGCCAAACCGGUCAGUUGAAAUAUUUGCUCGGGCGUCUCUUUAGACUUUACCAUGUUGUUUAAAAACUUUGCUUAUCAUUUUAUAGUGGUCUGCGCCAUCUGUUGGGGAUCUUUAUAACUAUUUCCUUAACUGAAUUCAUUGUACCCUUAGCAAAUCGCAGCAAACUGAACAUUUUUUGAAAUUUUUUUUCGUUUUUUCUAUUGUUCUUUAAAAUCACUGGUUAUUUGUGGGACAUUCAGUAACGAGUAACAAUUUAGUUAAUGCAAAUGAAAUCAGAUUAAUUAAGUAAAUGAACUGAAAUUUCAAACUGUAUCAUUAUGGAUUUUACGGAUAAAUGUAGCAUUUUUUUUACAGUGUAGAUCUUAAGUAAAAUUUUUUAAUUUGUAUCUGAAACCAAUAGUAGCAAUUUUGUAGCAAAACUAUAAUUAUUUAUAUCCAAUAAAACUGUUCUAUGUAGAAACACUUAGAAAUCACGCUACUUUUGCCGUUUUUUUCUGGAAAUAAAAGAGCAAUGAUAAAUUAAAUAAAUCAAAAUACGAUUUUA